GGGAUGGAGGAAGGGUCAGCUCUGGGCAUCCUGGACCACUCUGUCAUUAAAAAAGUUCCCAUCCCGUCCAAGCUCAACGGCUCCUCCAUGUCGGUGCUGGCCUUCGCUAAGGACGGACUGGGCGUGGGCGCCGUGUCCAACCCGGCCGAGGUCUUCUGCUCCGUUCCAGGUCGGCUGUCCCUGCUCAGCUCCACCUCCAAGUACAAGGUGACUGUGGGGGAGGUGCAGCGCCGCCUGUCCCCCCCUGAGUGCCUCAACGCCUCCCUGCUGGGUGGAGUCCUGCGCAGGGCCAAGUCAAAGAAUGGUGGCCGCUGUCUCAGGGAACGUCUGGAGAAGAUCGGCCUCAACCUGCCCGCUGGGCGACGCAAGGCGGCUAACGUCACUCUGCUCACAUCCCUGGUGGAGGGUGAGGCCGUGCACCUGGCACGAGACUUUGGUUACGUUUGUGAGACAGAGUUUCCAGCCAGAGCUACAGCAGAGUACCUGUGCAGGCAGAGUGAUCCGGACCAGCUGCCAACCAGACGCAGCAUGCUGCUGGCAACCAAGGAGAUCUGUAAGGAGUUCCUGGACCUGAUGUCUCAGGACCGGUCCCCCCUGGGAGGCAGUCGGCCCACCCCCUGCCUGGAGCCCAGCAUCCAGGGGAGCCUGACCCACUUCAGCCUCCUGACCCACGGCUUCGGCACGCCGGCCAUCUGCGCGGCGCUGUCCGCCUUCCAGAGCUACCUGCUGGAGGCCGUGAAGAUGCUGGACAAAGGUGAGGGCGGAGCAAAGACCCACCACGACAAGGAGAUGAAGCACCGCAAAUAAGCUCCGCCCCCUGGGGGAAAUCUGAGACUUUACCUCUCACAAGCCCCGCCCACCCUCCAAAAGGAGGCGGGGCUUAAGAUAUCGGUACUGAAAGGAACACCUGACAACGCAUGGACCUCUGUCCUCCUGUCUGUGACACACACACACACACACACACACACACACACACCUGGAGCCAUAUCACCUGGUCUGGACUCUGCAGCAGGUGCUCAUGGCAGUUGUGUCAGUGAGGAGACGCCAGCGGCAGCUACAACAGAUUUAUUUUAACUUAUUUUAAUUGUUGUUAAUUUAAAAAACAUUUUGUACUUUUGUGUGUUUAUUCUUAUUGUUAUUGUGAUACAGCAUAAAUGUAAUAUAUUAUUAAAGAAUUAAGCUCAUUUUUCUUCUUCAAACA